AACCUGUCCAUGCAAGUAUGAGUGUGCGUGUGUUGUUGUUAUCUGUGUUGUGUUUUUGUUGCACAGCUGUCAUAUCAGCUGAAUUUGACGUUUCAUCAACCGAACAACGACGACCAGACGCAGCUACCAAACCCAAACAAAGCGGACAAGUGUUUGUGUCACGGAGUGGCCCGGUUGGCCCAUAAUAUAUAUACUUACCAAGGAAGUAAAAAGGUAAUUAACAGCGUACAUUAUCAAAGGAAAAGCGUACAUCAUCGCCGUUUGUUGCGUGCGUUUGUAUAAGCGUGUGUGUGCGAGUGCAAUCAACCGAGACGUCCGUCGUACGUACGACGACGCAUCGAUCCAUUGACGCCGCUGUGUAGGGAACCGCAGCGCCCUAAAGCGUAAUUACCGUGAAAAAUCAUGGAAAAGCACACGGAACGUAUGGAGGAGGGCAGAAAACCAUCUCCGGUGCCUGUUAUCAAACAGGACCAGCAUCUAAUCGCCGUCGUCAACAGUCUGCUGGACAGCCUUACCGACAAGGAGGAGCUGCUGCGUAGUACGACGGAAGUAUCCCUGAUCCGCAUCGCCAAACGGCGGCAUGAUGAAAUCGUAGAAGUGUUCUGCGAAUACCGCAAGAAGCAUCCCAAGCUGGGCGACACACACACCCUAAUCAUACUGAGAGUGAUAUCCUACAUCGCUACCAACCUGAUCGACGCCAUCGACCCGAACACGGCCUCCAAAUGCAUCCAGUACAGUAUGGCGGAAAUCAUGAAGAUAACCGAACAGAACACAACGGUACAGACACCCUGCCGGGAAAUUUUGGUCGCCGUCGGCCGUCGCUACUGCAAGGAAAUUAUGGAAAUAUUCGUCAAACAUCUCGAACAGAAUCACCUCGCAAAUUUUAUGAUCAUGCAAUCGGUCGGUGCGCUAGCGACCGCCAACACCAUGGACACGGUACCGUACAUCAAGCCCAUCCUUGGCCUCAUCCUACCGACCCUGUCGAUGGUGAAGCAAGAUUUUCUCCGGCAAGCGUACGCGUACGCAAUCGGACGGUUCUGUGAAGCGUUUUCCGAGUACCAGGAGUACCAGCGCCAAAACCCGAACGAAGAGAUCCCGAUGAAAACUGGCGUACGGUACGAAAUACACGACGAGGUGUCGAUCGUGUACGAUCACUUUCACGCCCAGUGGCUGUCGUCGCGCGAGCCCAAAAUUACGGGCGAAGUGUUGAACGCAUUUUCCUUCAUGUAUCCGCUGCUGCCGGUGGAGCGGGUUAGCGACAAUCUCGCCAAAACCGUCACCAGCGUGCUGGCACUGUACCGGAAAAGUUUGGACCGAAGCGCUAUCACGCAGUACCUUGCCGCCAUCAUCAAAACCGUGCUCGAGCUCGACUCGAAGCUGCUCGGCCCGAUGUCGGACAAUCUGGUCGCGUGUCUGUUCGAGCUCGUGUGCGUCAAUCCCGACUACGACAAGCCGCAAACGGUCAAGGGACACUUUGAGGUGUUGCGCUGCUUCGAUCUGCUCGCGCCCGAGUACGGGGAAAAGAUCAUCGAAAUACUGCUGAUCCAUCUGCGCAACAACAACGAGCGGGAGCGCAUCAAAUCGCUACUGGUGGUGACACAUCUCACCAACACGUCCGAGCGGGUCGUGCGCGAUAAGCUGCCCGAGAUAACGGCCAUCCUGAAGGGUAUGCUCGCGACGGAAAAGCCGGUCAAGGUGCGGAUGGUGCUGCUGAAGACGGUGGUCGCGUUCGUGCAGAAAAACUUUGUGCGCGAUCGGGAGUUUGUAACGUUCCUGAUACGCAGCUGCUGCCGGCCGAACAAGCUGAACCUCGACCACGGUAGCGCGGACGAGCAUCAGGAGUUUCAGCGGGCGUGCAACGACACGAUGCACAUACUUUCCUCCACCGUCGGCACGGUGGACCAUAUGCUGAAGAUGGAGCUGCUGCAGGCGUACCUGCGGUACGAGUACACCGACAUCUGCGGUACGAUCGGCAAGUGUUUGGCGAACCUGUUUACGAAGGAUCCGGAGCUGGCCCUUGCGACCGAACGGCGCCAGAAUCCGUUCGACGAGAGUUCGGCCGAGGAAGCGGACGAGCUGCCACCGCCACCACCGCCCCGACCAAUUUCCGUGUUCGUUCGCACCCUGGCACUGUUGGGUAAUUUCGGCGAAUUGCAGCGCAUUCAGCAUCUGGUUGCGUUUCUGAAGAGCUACGCCGGCAGCCUUUACCGCCAUCUGGUACCGCUGUGGAGCGAGCAGCUCGGGACGCUCCAGACCGAGCUGGCGAGCGGGAUCGAUGAGCGGCGCUAUUUUGAGCUACUGUUUGGCUUCGUGCAGGAAACGAUACGCGAUGUGGAUGAGUACACAUUCGUGGAAAGCAUCAUCGCGGAAAUGUUUCACCAACUCCCCCUCUAUCAACCCAUCGGCAGCGGUGCGGGUGGGGGUGGCGGUGGUGGGGGUGGGGGUGGAGGAGCCGCUGGGCAGGCGUUCGAGUUUCGCGUGCCGCCGCUGGACCAGGAGAAGCGCAUGCUGGUGAAGGUGUUUGGCGUGUGCUUGUGCCACUCGCUGGACGAGCAUCUGGUCGCGAACAAGCUCGAUCUGAUCAUCGGCCUAGCGAAGGCGGAGAAGGGCGACAAGAACGCACCGAACGAAGAGUACGAGCGGCUGAUGCAGGACUACGCGGAAGCACUCGGGUACGCGUCGGUAGAGCAUCUGGACAAGGUGAUGGCCAAGCUGAUGACGCACGUGAUCGACGACGGGGCGGUCAAGAAGUCGAGCAGCUUCUUCUCGAACCUGAACUUCAUCAAGGACAGUGCGCGCGAACUGGAGGCGUACAAAAUGAAGGUGUUGGCACUGCAGGCGCUGCACGUGAUCGUGGGCCGCGCACCGAAGGAAACGGUGGCGCAACAUUUCACCGACCCGGUCGUACGGUAUCUGAUCACGCAGUUCGACAGCAAGGAACUGUUCGUGCGGCAGCACGUACUGAAGACGCUGCUCGCGCUGUCCGAUGCCCUGUCGCCCUCGGACGGGGACGAGCGCAUCACGUGCGAACGCAACCGGACCGAUCUGCAUCGCAUCUGCAUGACGAUCACGGUGGACAGUAGCAACGAGUAUCUGCCGCUGCUUCCCAGCAUCAUACAGCUGGCGACGGUGCUGGUAAAGCUGAGCGCCGAAGAGCAAAACCUGGACGUGAACGGGUUGCUGAAUGCGAUCUGCUUCUACUUCUUCACCACCGCCCAGAACCUCAAGUCGCGGCUGGACUCGACGGAGGACGACACACGCACCAGCUAUCUGGCACGCUACCUGAACCUUUCCCUGCCGGAGGUGAACCAAUUCAUUCGGACGGUGCUGGUGCAGCAGAACGCGUCGCCCGCCUGUCUGGACGACGUGCACUCGAUACUGGAGAAGUGGCUGAAGGAUCGGAACAGCGAGGUGCGUAUCUGCGCCUGCCACGUCUACAACAGCACGCUCGAGGUGUACAUGCGUUCGAUGAAGAUCGGCUGUGAGGCACCGUCCAAGUUCAACCAGACCGGCAGCAUGCUGGGCAAGAUUAUACCGCGCUGUAUCGAUUCGAACGCCACCGUCCGCCAGACCGCGGUGGACGUGCUGAAAAAGAUACUCGAAAUUGCGUGCGUGUACGAGACGCUGACCGUGGCGGACAGUAGCGUCGAGUGGGUGAACGAGCUCGACCGGAUCCGGGACGAAAUAGUGACAGACGAUGCGAAGGACAUCUACCGGAUCGCGGCCGAGCUGGCGCGCAUCAUUGCCCAGCGGCUGUCCAGCUACCAGUACGUGCAGUUUAGCAAAUGUUUGCUGUACAGCGUGAACGAUCCGGAAUCGAGCUCCGUGAUCGGUGCGUCGUACGUGCUGAAGUUUUUCAUGCACGUCAAGGGCUCGGAGAUGUUCCACGCCAUACCGGAGCUGGUGAAGGAGUGUCUCUACGCGGUGAAAAUCUGUGAAGUACCGCGGGCCAAAACGACGAUCCUAAAAUCGAUUCUAGCCUUAACGAAACACCACCCAAAGCUAGUGUGCAACGAGAUUCUCACGCAGUGUUUGCCGCUGGAAGACCAUGUCAUUGAGUACUGGAAAACGCUCACGAUGGACCCGGAUCUGAGCGGGAUUAUACUGGACAAUUUUAUCAGCUCCGUUACUUCCACCUGUCUGUACGAGCAACCACAGCAACAGCAGCAACAGCAGCCAGAACCAGCAGAUGAAACAACGCGUACCGCCACCCUGCACCCAUUCGCUGUCGUGUGCGUGCUGCGGGAGAUGUUCCGGUGUGCGGAGCUGAAGAACGAAAUGCAAUCCCGGUUUGCGGAGAUAUUCUGUAUGCUACUCUCGACGCUCGCUUCCUACAUAACGCUGCUGCCACCGUACUCGGUGCUCGCACAGCCCAACACGGCCGGCAAUGUGACCGUCCCGAAGGGCAAUCGCCGUGGGGCGAAGGGGAACGCGAGUGGGGGCGGUAAGGACGCGGUGCUGAAGCUAAACCCGUGCCAGAUGGUGCUGGAAGCGUUUCAAACGUUCCUGGAUACGCUUGGCAUGCAGCAAAUCUCGCUCGUCCUAGCGGUCUGCCCGGACCUGGCCGCCAGUACCGAUCUGAACAGCUUUAUCGAAAUUCUAACACCGCUCGGUGUGGCAACGGCGAGCGAGGUGGGUAUAAACUCCGCCCUAAUGCGCCAGAUCGUUACGACGAUGAGUCGGUACGUGAGCAGCCCGUACGAUACGCAGCGCAUUGCGUCGACCGGGCUGUACGCCCAUCUCGUGCCGUUGCAGCCGUGCGGCGAGUCGGCCUCGGUCAUCAUGCUAAGCCUGGAGUCGUCGCUGAACGAUCCGAACCCGCUCGUCCGGGGGUUAAGCAUCCGGGGUAUGGCGUACGUGUGCAGCCUCACGCGGUACGAUAUCGACAAGUACGCCACGAUGUGCCUGACGUCGCUGCUGAAGGGUAUCGAGGACUACAACGAGCACUGCUUCAUUAACAUCCCGCUCGACAGUAUGCGCGGCCUGUCCCGCGUACUGCAAGCGAUCGAACCGGCCAAAUUCGAACCGUUCCAGGUGUCGUCCGCCAUACGCAUUCGACCGUUCUUCGAGAAACAGUCCACGGAGCUGCGCGAGUCGGCGAUCCUGCUGUUUGGCGAUAUCUGCGGCCUGAAGCUGAAGCAGGUGACGAUCGACACGGACGGACAGCGGGCCGAACCUGUCUCCGAACUGCUGAUGGAACAGUUGCGGGCCAACCUAUGCUCGCUGCUGCUGCAUCUCUGCGAACAGAACAGCAUGAUUGCGCGGGCCUGCAAGAUUACGCUCAAGAACGUGUGCGCUCUGCUCGGUACGGCGAAGAUGAAUGCGCUAGCGCAGAACCAUCUGCUCGAGCACGGUCAGCUGCAGUGCGGUAUCUUUCUGAAGGAUUUCGUGAAGCUCAUUGGUGAAGAAUUGCAGGAUUGGAUCAACGAUUUCAUCGACGCGUGCGUACCGAUGCUGCGCAGUCAAUGGCCCGAGAUACGCGGAAACGCUGCAAUCCUUAUCGGGUUACUUCACUGUCAGAAUGCGAACGUAAAGUGUCAGCAUAUGGAGCAGAUCGGUCACAAAAUCUCGCUACUGCUGAAGGACGAAUGCACCACGGUGAAGGUGAGCGGCUCGGAAGCACUCGGCUACAUUUACGGUGAGAUGUAGGGCUGGUCCGAGGUAUGAAAACGAAUGCGGACGAACGACUGAUGCAGGAGCAGCUUACUUGAUUGCAAUUACUUAACAUUUAUUCCAUUUAUCGCGUUGCUAUCGUGAUCAAAUUGCCUCAGUAUAGUAUAUAUUACACCCUAUAUUUUGUUUGCGCACAUGGUGAACUCGUAUGUGCUUUGUUUGAACAUAUUGGUUGAGCUUGCAAAGGAAAACAAAUACCAACCGGACCUCUCCUGAUAAGGUUUCCGGCUAUACACUUAUAUACAAGCUAUCGAGAAAAAACAAAACCUAUGAAUGCAUACUACGGCUACAGUAGUGAAAGCGG